AGCCGCGGCGGGUUCAGCACCAAGAUUCACGUGAGCGUGGACAGCUUGGGCAACCCCUUGCGAUUCAUACUGACCGGAGGGCAACAGCACGACAUCACUCAGGCGGAGGAGUUAAUCGCCGGUUAUGCUGGCGAGCACGUACUGGCCGACAAAGGGUACGAUGCCCAGGAGUUUCGCCAGCACAUCCUGGAACUGGGUAUGAUGCCGGUCAUUCCGCCCCGCUCGAACCGCAAGGAACCCGCCGACUAUGACCGGCAUCUGUACCGGGAGCGCCAUCUGGUGGAAUGCUUCAUCAACAAGAUGAAGCACUAUCGCCGGAUCUUCUCCCGGUUUGAGAAGCUGGACACCAGAUACCUCGGCUUCCUGCACUUCACCGCCGCUCUCAUCUGGCUACGGUGA